AUGGUGCUCCCCUGCGCCCGCAACAGUGUCAGCGGCGGGCCCCCCGCGCCCCCGGGGGCCCCCGGCUCAGCACACGGCAAGACCCCCGCCCGCAGCAUCCCCGCUCCCGCUGCCGCUGCCAUCCCCGCUCCGGAGGGGCUGCAGAGCCGGCGCCGCAAGCUGCUGGAGGAGGACGGCCCAGUGGUCCAGGCCGGCAAGCGGCAGCGGCAGCGCUAUGUCACCAAGGUGGGCAAGUGCCAGGUGAACCUGGGCAACAUCCAGGAGAAGAAGCGGUUCCUCUCGGACAUCUUCACCACCAUCGUGGACCUCAAGUACCGCUGGUUCCUCUUCGUCUUCAUGAUGUGCUACAUCGUCACCUGGGUGGUCUUCGGCACCGUCUACUUCUUCGACGCCUGGGUGCGGGGCGACGUCAGGCACCGGGGCGACCCCGAGUGGCGGGCGUGCAUUGAGAACGUGGACGGCUUCGUCUCCGCCUUGCUUUUCUCGGUGGAGAGCCAGCGGACCAUCGGCUACGGCUCCCGGAUGGUGACGGCCAACUGCGCCGAGGGCGUCAUCCUGCUGAUGGCGCAGUCCAUCGUCGGCUCCAUGAUCGACGCCCUGAUGGUGGGCUGCAUGUUCGUCAAGAUCUCCCGGCCCAAGAAGCGCGCCCAGACCCUCAUCUUCAGCAAGAACUGCGUCGUCUCCCGCCGGGACGAGAAGCUCUGCCUGAUGUUUCGCGUGGGGGACCUGCGGGACAGCCACAUGGUGGACGCCAAGAUCCGGGCCAAGCUGAUCAAGUCCCGGCAGACGGCCGAGGGAGAGUUCAUCCCCCUGGAGCAGUCGGAGCUGAACCUGGGCUACGACACGGGGGAGGACCGCCUGUUCCUGGUGGAGCCCCAGAUCAUCUGCCACGUCAUCAACCGCCGCAGCCCCUUCUGGGACAUGUCAGCCGAGUCGCUGCGCCGGGAGCAGUUCGAAAUCAUCAUCAUCCUCGAGGGCAUCGUGGAAGCCACAGGAAUGACGUGCCAAGCCCGCACCUCGUACACGGAGGACGAGAUCCUCUGGGGGUACCGCUUCGAGCCCUGCAUGUCCCUGGAGAAAGGCGCCUUCCGGGUGGACUACAGCCGCUUCGAGAUGACCUUCGAGGUGCAGACCCCGGCGGCCAGCGCCAAGGAGCUGCACGAGCUGAAGGAGCUGGAGCGGCAGGAGCACUCCACGCUCAGCCUCUACUGGGACCACCUCCUGCAGCCCUGCGCCCUGCCGGGGACCAGGCCCGGCGAGGAUGCUCUCACCGGGCUGAGCGUCCCCGGCAGCCGGGACGAGCCGCCGGAGCAGGAGGCCGCUGCCUGA